CACAACCCGCAGCAAGAAAGCCGAGUCGAGGUCUCCGCAGUUGCACGGGCCGCCCGGGUCUCCAUCACCACCUGCCGCCCUAGUUCACGCUCAUUCACAUACAUUCGCAUUCUCUCCCCCUCUCCCUCUCUCUCCAAAGACUCCUAACAAGACAGGCCAGUCCUCCUCCGUGGCACUCCCUUUCAUUCAUCCCCUCCCACCACCACACACGCGCGCGCACACACACACACACCCCAACCCAGACAGCCCACUCCACUUCUCAGACGCCCACCUCCUGCGGACUCCCCUCCCCUAAACAGACUUCCACCCACUCGCCAGCUGUAGCCUCCCUCCCGCCCGCGCGGCUUCCCCUCCCCAAGAAGCAGACCCGCACAGUGGGAGGCAGGGCCCCUGCCAGACGCGCGGCUGGAGUGCGCGGUACUGACCUCUGCCCGCCCGGGAAACUAACAAAGGCGGUGCGCGAGCCCAGACCCCCACAGCUGCGAGCGGCGGCCGCGGGCCGGGCCUGGCGAGCGCCGGGCGGGGACUGCUCCGGAGUCAGGAGGCAGCGGAGCCUGAGGACGCGGAUCUCUGGCCGCGAGCGCCGCUCGGACGCCGCCGGCACCAUGGGCUGCUGUACCGGGCGCUGCUCGCUUAUCUGCCUCUGUGCGCUGCAGCUGCUCUCAGCAUUAGAGAGGCAGAUCUUUGACUUCCUUGGCUUCCAGUGGGCACCUAUUCUUGGAAAUUUUCUACAUAUAAUAGUCGUCAUAUUGGGUUUGUUUGGAACCAUUCAGUACAGACCUCGAUACAUUGUGGUGUAUACAGUAUGGACUGCCCUCUGGGUCACCUGGAAUGUGUUCAUUAUCUGCUUUUAUUUGGAAGUCGGUGGGCUCUCUAAGGAUACAGAUCUAAUGACGUUCAACAUUUCUGUACACCGGUCGUGGUGGCGGGAACAUGGGCCUGGUUGUGUCCGAAGGGUGCUGCCUCCGUCAGCUCACGGCAUGAUGGAUGAUUACACGUAUGUCUCCGUCACAGGCUGCAUUGUCGAUUUCCAGUACCUGGAGGUCAUCCACAGCGCCAUCCAAAUACUACUCUCUUUGGUUGGUUUUGUGUAUGCCUGUUAUGUGAUCAGUAUUUUCAUGGAAGAAGAGGACACCUGUCGAAAUAAGUAAUAACAUCGACUCUGAAAUAUGGCUGCUGAACUUGACGUAGGAGGCAAACACCGCAGACAGCACCUCCCUACAUCAAUGCGUCUCACUGUUUUCCAGAGGAAGGACUACACCCCCCUGCUUUCCCAUGAAUCCCGGAAGUCUUCAGUCACAGCCUACAUAUUAUUAGUAUUGUUCACUAGAUGAGUUGUAGGUGCUGGGGUGGGUAUUUUUUUAAUCACCUCUUCUUAUAUGAAUACUUAUAAAUUGUUAAAAAAUUGGUUUUUAAUUUUUUAAUAAUAUCUAAUGUGAAGCAUGCAAAAUGAAAAUUUCCAUGAAAACCUGCUACAGUCAAUGCUGAGAGAAACAUCGGUUUAUAUCACUGAGGUGUUAAGUCAGUAUUGCUGAGUGCUGCUGUUAUCCUAGGCUUGAUGGAUUUUGCAUUGGCAGACAUUACCUGGGGUUAUUAGACAUGAACUUAGAUGCUGUGACAGCUGAGAAAUGGGUACAACAGUAGAUCUGGCCUUCAGGCCAAGUAGAGAUCAUAUUUCCAACCCUGCAAGAUAAAACAUGGAGUCCUCCUUUGUUCUUGACUUUCCAAAAUCCAGAAUAAUAUUGUCAAUCUAAAUUUUCAGAUUCGUGCAUAUUAUCUUGUUCUUUCUGUGUGUUCUGAAAAAUAUAUAUCAAGGGCAUAUGAAAGAGUGAAAUGAUUAGCAGAAUACUUUUGCCCUUUGGAGGGAAGAUGGUAUCUCUGAGUUUCAUAUUUUCUACUCUUUAUCCCAGUCCUGACACUGGUGAUACAUACAGUGUAUGUAUCACCUAAACAUACAGCUUGUGGGCUUCUGGGACAGAAAUCACAACCAUAAAUCUGCAACAAGGAACGUUGUUAAGAAAUUCAAAAGGAGCAUUAAAACAGGGUGCAAAUCUCUAUAAAUAUUUCUAAAAACAGUAUUUGUAUUUGUUCUACAUCAACUUCUCUUUCUCCCACUCCAUACCAAAAAACAAGAAAAUGACAUGGGAAACAUAAUUUUCCAUGGAAAAAAGGAUUGUUUUGAAAACACAUCUCAGCUUUUUCUGUUCAUGUCUUUCAAUGACUAUUUCGCAUAUCAAAAUAAGUUUUGCAAACUUUAUAUACCAACCAAGUUGAGGCCUCCUGUAAAAGUGUGUACAGGUAGUUGUUAAGUUGGCCCAUACAUCUUUAAGAAGUCAGUCUAUAAACCAUCUAGAACUUUAUGCAGAUUUUUGUAUGUGUGUAGAGGUUCCUUUUUUCUUCUUUUUUGGAGUUCAUGUGUUUUAUGAGUCUGCUAAGAAUCAGAACUUAUGCAGCAAAGUCUGCUUUGCUUCCUCCCACUUGAUGACAAGCACUGUGGUCUCUCUGGAGGCCUGUUUGACUCACCUUAUGCCCCCUCAGUCAACUGACACCCACUGGAUCCCAUCACUUUCAUCUGCUGACUAAGCUCAAAUUCAAAAGGAAGAGGAGCUAACAGGGACCUGGGAGAUAGUAAAACCCAAGCCACCUUUGCACAGCUGAAGGGGCUGAAGCCUAGGGGAACUGGUGGAUUUGUCCAGAGUUCUGCAUGUAGACAGAGGACAAAGCAAGGAGAUCCUACAGGGCAAAAGGAACUUGGGUUUCAGGUCCAUCCAUCACUGUGGCCUUGGACAGUGUUGGACAUCUCGACCCUGGGAAUUUCCUCAUCUAGAGUAGAACUGCAAUCUGUACCUCCCAGGGUAAAAUGAAGAUCAGAUGACAAUGUAGAGAAUACUCUGUAAACUGUGAAGCACUCCGCAGUGAUAAUAACAGCUAUCACUGUAAUGUCUGAACAAUGAGUUGGACCCUGUCUGGAGCUCUUGCUGUACACCCAAAAGCUGUGAAAAGACCACAGAAACACCAACCUCUUCUAAGUUUCCUAAAAAGUAGCUUGGAAAACUUGCCCAUGUUUCAGCAAUUAGAAAUAAUGCAGACUAAAAAUUGCAUUUCUAAAAAAAGAAAAACUCAUAUUCAAAUUCCAAGAUUAAUACAUAUUAGUAUUAUUGGAGAAAGCUAAUAGAAUAUACAAAACCUAGAAAAUCAGUAAGGCAGAAUAAAAGUAGUAUUUAAAUAUUCAAAACUGCCAUUUCAUUACUUCCCCAUGUACAAAGAAGAAGUUAACAUUUCACAAAAUAGUACCAUACUAAUUUUUGUUACUGUUUUACCUUCAUAUAAAUUUAUACAUGCUUCUGAGAUGCACUGCAGAGUCCUAGAUCUUUUUUAACUGAGGGUAACAAAUUUGAGGAGGAAAUCCUUACAUUAGUGAUUUUUCUAUGAUAUUCAAUAUAGGCAACUACUUAAUAUGGAAUGUUUAAGUUUUUAAUCUUUCAUUUAAAUAAGUUAUAACGGUUUCAAUCCCCAACCCCAGUAAUCCAUCAUGAUAAUUUUAAAGUUCCACAAAAUUUGACCCACAUCAGAAACAAGUGAGAUACACCUCCAACUCAUUUCCUUCCCACUGUCUUCUCCCUGCCUCUCCUCUCCCUGGCUUCUCUUUAGAGGCUCUGCCUACUUAUGACAGAGGGAUGGAAAGAAGCACAGCACUGUGCAGUCACACUCAGCAGUCACCCUGUGACUUGGGUAACUCCAGCGCAGUACCAUCACCACUCCUGCUCCUUAGGAGUGAGCAUUUCCAGCUCUGGCAGCUUCUGCCUCCUGUUUUAGGGAAUCUACUCUGCCCUGUGCCUCAUACAGAAAGGUUUUCAACAAAAGUGAACUCUAUCUCCGUUCUUGCCAAAUCUUGGCUCUUCUAUAUGCAAGUGUGUGGCUGGUCAGAGUGAGGGAAGAUGAAUGCAUCUCUUAGCCUGUACCAGUUUCCAGAAUCUCAG